GCUUCUGCGAAUGGAUAUUUCAAAGAAUUGGUGGACAUAUAACCGUUGCUGUUGGUAUUUUUUAACAAAUUGCAUGAUUCCAUACAAGAGAAGAAGACGGCAACUUGGUCAUAAUGCAGUUUAAAGUUUUUUGCUACUUCGUCUUAGGCUACAGCUUUUCCCAGGUCUCGCCGCGGAUAUUCAAAAAUGGUGGCGCUGAAAAACUUUUGAAUGCUAAAAUGCGAACAGUACUUUGUAAACCAGGACAAGAAGCAAGACUCACUUGGAUCUUUCAAACUAACAAGAAAAUAUCAUUUUACGGGAUUGUAUGGACCAUUUACGAUCGAAUACAUAAAAAUUAUACGAAAUUGGUUUGGAUUAACAAACACGAAAAGGUGUAUCGACAUUUCCACACUAAAGGACGGUCUGAUUUUGACGUGAAUGUCGCAACCAAAACAAUAAAUACAACAAAAGUACAACUGACAAUUAUUAUUCCAAAUGUUCAGGACAUACAUGAAAAUAAAUAUGUCUGUCAUGUUAUAAGAUCUAAAAUUGGACCCAGUCAGAUUGAACUGAAAGUUGAAGACCUUCCUCUGUCAUCGACCACUACUACUUCACCGAACUUUAGGUCACCACAAAUUUCGUCACCAGAUGACUUUCGAAUUGCAUUUUCAAAUUGGAAAUUAAAUGGUAAAAUUACAACUUUAUUGGGAGAUGGCAACACAACUAUUGUAUUGGAAAAUUCUAAAGUUACUUUGACGUGUUCUGUUGCUCACCUUGUGCGUUUGGCUUGGUUUAAAGAUAAUGUUCACCAGUUGGUACCAUUUAAAGGAAAUAAUGUCAGUUUUACAAAAACGUUUUCUAAAGAAGAUGAGGGGAAAUAUGAAUGUGUUGGCAGAACACACGAGACUGAAAUAACAAAAACAAUUACGAUCUACGUACGAAGUAGAAGUCUAGAAACACCUACAAAAAUUCACUAUGGUUCUCCCGUCACCAGAGUAAGUUACUCAUUUUCCACGACGCGACAUAUACCGCAACCGCUUCACCUGGAUUUACGAACGUCUUCUCAUUUAAACAUCAAACAAUCAAUUAUUGUUGUCACCUCUUCAGUUGGGUUGGUCCCUGUGGUUGUAGCGGCAAUAUUGCUGUACAGAAGACGACGGAGAUGUAUGGAAACUAAAAGAAAUGUCAAGACUUCAGUUCAAAAUACAGAUAUGGAGCCAAUUAUAUCACCAGAGAGCAAUCACUUUAACACAAGUGGAGAAUCAACCGUGUUUUACAAAAGAGACAGUCUCGAUGAUGGAAUCACGACAAUUACGUUUGGCGAUGGAUUACUUUUACCAGAAAGUACAGUGCGUUUCUCUCGUGUUCAACAGCGAUCAGACAAUCUUAUCUUGAGAAAUGGUGAAUCGUAUGAAAUUGAUCCUGGUUUACUUCAAGACAUGGUGUUAAUUGGGGAAGGUGCAUUUGGAAUCGUCGCCAAGGCAACAUUACUGAAAGAAAAAAAUGGCCGGGAAAGAAAAACUGUUGCCGUAAAAAUGUUGAAAGAAAUUGCCUCACCAGAAGACAAACAAGAUUUAAUAUCAGAGUUAAAAAUAAUGAGAGACCUUGAACCACACAAGAAUGUCGUAGGCUUGAUUGGAUACGUCACAAAACCAGGUCAGUUGUGUGUGGUGAUCGAAUAUGUUGCUGGUGGGGAUCUUCUGGGUUUCUUACGUAAAACUCGUGGUUUGGUUGACACUAUUUACGUUGUACCAAAUCACAUUCAACAAUCACAUUUAUCCCAAUGUCAGUUGCUAGAGAUGGCGUGUAAUGUUGCCAGCGGAAUGGCUCAUCUAUCUCGUAAUCAUGUUAUCCAUCGCGAUUUGGCCGCCAGAAAUGUUUUGGUUGGAGCAAACCUAGCAUGUAAGAUCACAGACUUUGGAAUGGCAAGAGAUGCUAAGUCAAGCAAUUAUUAUAGAAAAAAGAGUAGGGGUCGAAUCCCAUUAAAAUGGACGGCCAUUGAAGCUCUUGUGGAUGAAAAAUACACCACCGAGAGUGAUAUAUGGAGCUUUGGAAUACUCCUGUACGAAAUUGUAACAAUGGGGGGCAAACCCUACCCAGGUUUGGGAGCAAGUGGAGUGAUUCGGCGAUUAAAAAGUGGUUGGCGGAUGCCGAAACCAGCGCACGUCGAUUCUAAAUUAUACCAAAUCAUGUUAAAUUGCUGGUCGAAGGACCCUGGUAACAGACCGUCAUUUUCUGUCCUUGAAAGAACACUUGCUUCGUUUAGCAGAGACGCCAGUGAUUAUAUCAAUAUUUCGGAUUAUGAUGGCAAUUUAUACCUCGAUACAGAAGGAAAUAAUUCAUUGCAAUCUGACAGUCAGAUUGACGUGUAGCAAAGACAUUAGAAUUACAACAAUACGAUAAAAAGUUGGGGAAUUUUCUUGAAACAAGACGCCUGCUCUGGCUUUAACCCCGACGCACCGCGCAUGUGCCAGUCUUCCCAACACAAAGUUUCUGAACAUAAACGCUACAGUUCAUAUUCAUUUAGCGCUGCGAACCUAAAUGUUGUUCGAUAUUCAGAGACAGCACAUCGUAUUCUAAAAAGUACAGAAGUUCAAAAAUGUAAAUAAACCAUGUUUGCAUACAAUCAUGAUCGUGCUUAUAUUAAAAACUUUUGUUCAUAUGAUAACCUUCUAGUUUAUAUUAGCGUUUGAAUGCGGACAUGAUCGUGCGUAUAUUAUUAUCAUAUGAUAG